AUGCAGCAGCCUUCGCCGUCAGAAGAGACGGCCAGCCUCCUGGCGCGUCUAUCGAGCCGUCCCGGCGUGCAAGGAACCCUCAUCCUGUCGCGUGACACCGGGGCCGUUGUGCGCUCAUCCGGCCUGGCAACCGACGACGACGAAGGCGAGGGCGAAACGAUCCAGCCCGCCGCCAACGCCAACUCCAACGGGACCGCGAACGGCCAAGGCACGGGCACAGAAAGAGGUACACGAAGGGAGGAAGAUGUCGCCCGGCUGGUAUGGAAGUUCCACCAGAGCGCCGGCGACAUGGUUCAGGAGCUGAACGGGCAACACGAUGAAGCGAAGCUCCUGCGCAUCAGGACGAAGAAGAAUGAACUGGUCAUUGUGCCUGAUGCCAAGUUUUUGCUGGUCGUGCUCCACGACACACCGCCGGCCUGA